AUGUCUGAUAUACCUUCUUGUUCUAGCGGCAAUGACACGAACAGCAACGACUCUGGCUACUUUGAAUGUAACAUCUGCUUGGACUUGGCUCAAGACCCGAUCGUGACACUCUGUGGCCACUUGUUCUGUUGGCCCUGCUUGUACAAAUGGCUCCAUCUCCAUGCACAGUCAAAGGAAUGCCCUGUUUGCAAAGCUGUCGUCGAAGAAGACAGACUCGUUCCUCUCUACGGCAGAGGCAAAUCGUCUUCCGACCCUCGCUCCAAAUCCAUCCCGGGGCUCGAGGUUCCGAGCCGUCCGUCGGGACAAAGACCCGAGACAGCGCAGCCUCCGGAGCCGAACCAUGGGUUUCCUCACCACGGGUUUGGAGGAGGAUUCAUGGGCGGGUUUGCAGCUCCGGUGGGGAGUGCGAGGUUUGGGAACGUUACGUUGUCUGCAGCGUUUGGCGGUUUGAUUCCGUCUCUGUUUAACCUCCAUUUCCAUGGGUUCCCUGAUGCAGCCAUGUAUGGAGCUGCUGCUUCUGGGGGAUUCCCUCAUGGGUUCUCGAACCCGUUCCAUGGAGGACACUCGCAUAUGCAUAGUUAUUACCGGCACACGGGGAGGCAAGGACAGCAAGACUAUCACUUGAAAGCGUUGUUUGCCUUUGUUUUAGUCAUUGUUUUGUUUUCCCUCUUCUUAACCUAG